CAAAAGACAAAAGUAUGCAUUGUGAGACAGUACCAAACUGUUCAAAUUCAGUUUCAGAACUUGAACAAGGUGGUCCAGUCUGCACAUACGAGAAGGACUGGAGGUCAAUAAAUUUCUGCCCAGAUUUGCCAGAGCAGUGGUUCAAAGGCAAUGGUAGUUUCUACGUUUUCUCCAGCCACAACAGGAACUGGAGCUCCAGCCAAAACCACUGUCGGGGUCUGGAUGGAGAUCUAGUUAUUAUUAGCAACAAAGAGGAGAAGGAAUUUCUCACUGGGAUGCUGUGUGCUAUUGGUGAAUCUGAUCUCUACUGGUCCGGGAGCCGAACAGAUCUGGACCACAAACAACUCAACUGUGCUGCAUUAAAGGGAAAUACACAAGAGGACGUUUCUUGUUUGAGAGAAGAGAAGAGCAUUUGUGAGAUCCCUUGCCAUAAAUAGAGCUCAGUACACUUAAAAAAAAAAAAAA